UUAUAAAAAUUUUCCUGUUUUGGCUGCAAUUCAGAGAAAGGUAAAAGUUAAAAUAAAGCUCGUCAAACGAGUUUUAAAGGAAGUUUAUCAAGCCAACAAUCUUAUUUGUCUUUUUGCACCACGUGACACAAAAGGUACGGGUAAAAUUCUAUAGUUUCAUUGGUUAAUACGUGUCUAAGUUUUAUAGGUUUAAAUCAUACAAGUCAUAUAUAUUAUUUGUCUGAAUUUCAUAAGGUUAGUUUCUAUUAUUUAGUUCUCUUAGAUAUAAGAUAUAAUAAACAGAGAAAAUGUCAAGUAAAGCCGAAAUUUCGCACCCAUCGACACUGUUCUUUGAGAAAAUUAUUAAUUCUAAAGAUUCAUCAGCAUGGUUCUUGGAAAAUCGUUAUUUGAUUUUAUACAGUAGCGUCGUUUAUAUGAUAAUUGGUUAUAUAUGUCGCAAUUAUAUGAAGACUGUUCCACCCAUCAAUCUUCGUCGCAUUUUAUUAUUAUGGAACACAGCUUUUGCUGCAAUAUGUCUUUUUGGAGCAUCUAGAAUGGCUUCUGCAAUGUAUUAUAUUCUUCAAAAAACUGGCUCCGAAGGGUCUUUGUGCAAAGAUCUGCAUUCUGUAGCUCCUCAAAGUGCAAUUUUCUGGGUAUGGUUGUUUGUUAUACUGAAGUCAUUUCAAUUAGCUGACGGACUAUUUUCUACCUUCAGAAAGAAAGAAUAUGCUUCUUUUUAUAGUUAUUAUCGUAUGUGCAUGAUGGUGUUGGCCUUCUAUACUUACGGUCUUCAUCCAUCUGAAAUAUUAUGGUACGCUAUUGCCGAUUAUGUCAUUAAUGUAGCUGUAUACGGUAGCUACACAUUGAAAAGCUUAGGAAUUCGAAAGCCACGUUCGUUAACUACAGCUAUCAUAAUGGCGCAAAUAUUUAGAAUAAUUCUCGACUUUUUGAUUACGGUAAAAGCUAUAGAUUUACAAUUAACAGGUUCAAAAUGCAAUAUGUCUGCUGGAUGUGCAUUUUUUAAUAUAUUUUUAUACUUUUCAUUCAUAAUUAUCUUCUGUGGUUAUUUUUAUGAUGUUUUAUUUGUCGGAAAUAGAAAGGAUAGAAACACAUCUGUAAAAAUAUUCUUGAAUCUUGUAGAUAAAUUUAUUCUUUUCUUAAAAACAUUUAAUACUUUGUACCAAGGCGAGGAUGAUGAUGAAUUAAAAGAUAUGUAAAUGAUAAUAAUCAAACAUGCUGUGAUAGUUACACAUAAGGCAAGAAUUUAAUAUUGCUGUAUUAAAAAUCAAUGAUUGUUAUAUUGUGUAUCUGUAAACUUUAUACUGAUAAUAAUUAAUGAAUUUUGAAAGAAAAACUAUGCUUAAUGAUACACUUUUGGUUCCAAGUGCUUAGCAUUUGUAAUGUAUACUUUUACCUUAGAUUAAAAAUACUUAUCUAAGUGAAAAGCUAUUUAAAAUAUAUACGCAUACUUUUUGUUAUAAAUAUUAAUCUUAAAAUUGUUUGAUGAUUCCAUAGUUGUUUUUUAUAGUACAAAUUAAAUUUAGAGUAUGGAAUAACUCAACCUUGAAAAAUUAUUUCUGUAAAGCCAUUGACCAAUGGGCCAAUAACCUACUCGUUUCAAAUGAACAAUUUUUUCGUGCGAUAAUUUGUUUUAUUUCGUUAAAACAAAAAGCAAAUAAUAUUUGUAAAUUUUUUGUCUGAUAUUUGAAUGUUUUUAUGAAAAUAAAAUAUUAAAAAAAAUAAAUAAAUUGUUUAAUAAGAUAAUAGAAUAAAUGAAAGUAGAGUGCUAAAUAGACCAAACAAAAAUUCGAAAUAAAGAAUAUAUAGAACGAAUAUUAUUAAGUGUUUUAUAUGAAUAUAAAUAAUGUAUUCGGUAUUUUCAAUGUAUAAAAAUGA